UUGCCUCCGACAAAAGCCAGGUCUUUCAAGUAAGUAAUCCCCUCCCGGAAACAGCCAACAGCUGACUAAUAACAUAUGGCCGUGUGAUCUUUCUCAACGAAGCCUCGACGAAGCUGAUCAGCUCCAUGCCGUCCAACCCGCUCCCCGCCGCGCUGCUCCUCCUCCUCGUCCUCGCCCUGCUCCCGGCCGGCGGACGAUGUCAGCCGGGCGACGGCGACAUCGGCGCGCUGCCGCCGUCGCCCGCCACCCAGUCCAAGGAGAUGCUCGCCGCCAGGAUUGCCACCGUCAGCAGCGAGCUCACCGGCGAGGUGCAGAGCAAGUACGGCUUCUGCAUGUCCAACGUGGAUAAUGAUCUCAACCAGACGUUCAACUUCAACUCGGACCCGAGCUUCAUCUCGGACUGCAUGGAGCAAACCAAAGGGCAAAUGGUUACAAUGCUGUGCAGCAAAGCUGAAAUGGAGCUAUAUCUCAGCAGCUUGGGGAGCAAGCGGAUUGGAAGGAUUAGUAGGAACUGCAACCAGAGCUCAUGGGCAACUGGUUGCCAAUCUGGCUGGGCUUGCUCAGCGCUGGAUCCCAAUGUCACCUCAGUUGCUAAAUCAGUUCCACUCAGAGCAGAGAGUUGCAGGCCAUGCUGCCCAGGUUUCUUCUGUCCUCUUGGCCUGACCUGCAUGAUGCCUUGCCCUUUGGGUGCUUAUUGUCCUCUUGGGACACUCAAUGAAACCACCAACCUUUGUGACCCGUAUUCUUACCAAAUAACUCCUGGAUCCAACAGUACAUGCGGCAGUGCAGAUUCUUGGGCUGAUGUGAUUACUACUGAUGAUGUCUUCUGCCCUCCAGGGAACCACUGUCCAAGCACUGUGCAGAAAUUGAACUGUAGCAAGGGGUCCUAUUGCAGGAAAGGUUCCACUGAUGAAAGUGAUUGUAUCUGGAAAAGCAGAUGUAAGGAAAAUUCAACAAAAGAAGAUCUCGCUUUGUUUGGUGGUAUGUUGAUUGUUAUCUUAUGUGCUGUUUUACUAGUGGUGUACAACUGCUCUGAUCAGAUCAUUGCAAUUCGAGCUAAAGUGUCAGCUAAAUCUCGUAAAAGGGCUGCCAAAAUUGCACAAGAAUCCGCAACAGCACGUGGCAGAUGGAAAUUAGCAAAAGAACUUGUACUAAGACAUGAGGUGGAGAUGUAUGAGUCUUCUGAUACACCUGAGCAAUUAGCUACAUCUUCGGAUGGAAUACUGCAUGCCAAUAAAGGUAACGGUAAGAGGUCCAAAAAUCGCAAAAAACUGAAUGUUCGCACUGAAAGAUUCCGGCGUGCAUAUAGUCAGAUUGACAAGGAAAAAACUCUGCAGUUAGACAAAGACAAAUUAACACUCUCUGGAAUAGUGUCUAGAGCUGCUGCAAAUAGACCACAAAGGCCAAUGCUUGAGGUGGCUUUCAAAGGUCUGACGUUAUCCAUUGGAAAAAAGAAACUUCUGCAAUGUGUUACUGGAAAACUUUCACCAGGUAGGAUAACUGCCAUUAUGGGUCCUUCUGGAGCAGGAAAGACCACAUUUCUCAACGCUGUGUUAGGUAAAACAUCGGGUUAUAAGAAGGAUGGAUUGGUCCUUGUAAAUGGAAAAUCUGGAUCGAUGCAGUCUUAUAAGAAGAUAAUUGGUUUUGUGCCACAAGAUGAUAUUGUCCAUGGGAACCUGACGGUUGAGGAAAAUCUGUGGUUCAGUGGAUGCUGCAGGUUAAGCAAAGGCAUGUCAAAAGCUGAUAAGGUUCUUGUUCUUGAACGAGUUAUAGGGUCACUAGGGCUCCAAGAAAUCAGAAAUUCCCUUGUUGGGACAGUUGAAAAGCGGGGUAUUUCUGGUGGACAAAGGAAGCGUGUAAAUGUUGGAAUUGAAAUGGUUAUGGAACCAUCUCUUCUGAUAUUAGAUGAGCCAACAACAGGCUUAGAUAGUGCUUCCUCUCAGCAACUUCUAAGAGCUCUUCGUCAUGAAGCAUCCCAAGGCGUGAAUGUUUGCGCAGUGAUUCACCAACCAAGCUAUACUUUGUUCAAUAUGUUUGAUGACUUCGUUCUUUUGGCAAGAGGUGGCCUUAUUGCUUACCAUGGGCCUAUAUGUGAAAUUGAAAAUUACUUCUCAGGCCUGGGGAUCAAGGUUCCUGACCGUGAGAAUCCUCCAGAUUAUUAUAUUGACAUCUUAGAGGGAAUAGUAAAGACAAAAAUGAGAGGACGUGUCACUCCUAAACAGUUGCCACUUCUUUGGAUUCUACAUAAUGGAUAUGAAGUUCCAAAAGAUAUGCAGAAGGACCUUGAGGAAAUCAAUAUGAUGCAUGAGUUAUAUACUGUUGGAUCAAUUACUAGAGAAGAUUCUUCUGUACAACAUAUAGAUAAUAAAGAUUCUGUGCACCAAAAUGUCAGGCACACAAACGAUUUGCUGGAUAGGAAAACACCCGGUGUACUUGCACAAUACAAGUACUAUUUAGGGAGGGUAGCUAAGCAACGCCUGCGUGAAGCUGUGCAACAGGCUGUUGAUUACCUAAUAUUGGGUAUUGCUGGCGUAUGCAUUGGAACCAUCACAAAAGUUAACGAUGAUACACUUGGUGUAGCUUCUUAUGGGUAUACCAUAAUUGCAAUUUCACUGCUGUGCCAGCUUGCAGCACUGCGAUCAUUUUCACCAGAAAGAUUGCAAUACUGGAGAGAGAGAGAAUCUGGCAUGAGUUCUCUAGCUUACUUCCUUGCAAGAGAUACAAUUGAUCAUUUCAACACCGUGGUUAAACCAAUUGUCUUCCUCUCAACAUUCUAUUUCUUCAACAAUCCACGGUCUACACUUCGAGACAAUUAUUUGGUUCUGCUUGCAUUAGUUUACUGUGUAACUGGCAUAGGUUAUACUCUGUCGAUUUGGUUUGAGCUAGGAUUAGCUCAGUUGUGUUCUGCAUUGCUACCUGUGGUAUUGGUCCUGGUUGGCACUGAUAAAAAAAUUCCACAAUUUAUUAAAGGAUUGUGCUAUCCCAAGUGGACACUAGAAGCUUUCAUUAUUGCUGGAGCAAAGAAAUAUUCUGGCGUAUGGCUGAUUACUCGAUGUGGAGCACUGCUAAAAGGUGGAUAUGAUAUCAAUUUUUUUGCUCUUUGCAUCGGCAUUAUGAUGCUUAAUGGGGUACUCUUCCGGUUUGUUGCUCUACUUAGUCUGUUGAAGCUAAAAUAGAUGUGUAUUACGAAGGUCUUGUCGUCUUGUGGGCUAAAAUAACUAUCGGCUGUUCUCAAGACUCAACGGCUGUGGAAUUUGCAUAUAUUUUGUCACAUUGGUAGUACAUAUUUAGAAUUUCUUGUCCAUAAGCUCGUUAGACUAGAAUAUCAACCUUUGUUUUUGGUGAAAACACAUCGGUCUACUAUACUUAAACUUGUGAUUUGCACUAUUA